AUGUCGGAUGCAAUGCCCCCUGCCAGCACCAGCCCCAUCUCUCUAGAGCGCCGCAACAGUCUGGAGAAGGCUAUUCAGAACCGGCCCGAAGCUCACGAGCUCAGGGAGAAGCACAUUCUUCUGAAUACUAAUGCUGCACCAGCUCUGCAAGCCCAGCAACAGCAACUACAACGUCACAAGCUCACUGAUAGCCUGAACAAAGCUAUUGCGUCACGCUCAGAAAAGGAUGAGCUGGUCGAACGCAACAUCCUGCCUGAUUCUACUGCUGCACCUGCCCUGCAGAACCACCAGCGUGAGCUUGCUGCAGCCAUGCGUCGUGACUCGAUCGAGAAGCACCUACAGACUCGACCCUCGCCAGCUGAGCUGAUCAAGGAAGGCAUACUCAAAGCCAACGAGGACCCCCUGGAUGGACCUUGA